AGUGGGCUCGAGUCCCCAACCACCACCACCACACACACGGGCCACACACACCGCGGAGGAAUCCAAUCCAGCGGCUGAGAUCGCGCCACGUAUGUUCCCCCGCUUGCUCCUCGCCCACCGCCUCCUCGCCGGCGCCGCCGCUCCUCUCCCCCGCCGCCGGACGGCCGCCGCCAUGUCCGCCGCGGCGCCGGGGACGCGGCUGCUGCGCGGCGUGGUGUUCGACAUGGACGGGACCCUGACGGUGCCCGUCAUCGACUUCCCGGCCAUGUACCGCGAGGUGCUCGGCGGGGACGAGGCCUACGCGGCGGCGCGCGCGGCGGGCGGGGGCUCCGUCGACAUACUCCACUGCAUCGAGGGCUGGGCGCCCGACGAGCAGCGCCGCGCCUACGAGGUCAUCGCGCGGUUCGAGCAGGAUGGCCUCGACCGCCUCCAGAUCAUGCCCGGUGCCUCUGAGCUCUGCGGGUUCCUGGACGCAAAGCAGAUCAGAAGAGGUUUAAUCACCCGCAAUGUGAAGACCGCAGUUGAUUUGUUUCACCAAAGGUUUGGUAUGAUGUUUUCUCCAGCCUUAAGUAGAGAAUUCCGCCCCUAUAAGCCAGAUCCAGCUCCCCUGCUUCAUAUUUGCUCCACUUGGAAUAUUCCACCAAAUGAGGUGGUCAUGGUUGGUGAUAGCCUCAAGGAUGAUGUCGUCUGUGGUAAGAGAGCAGGAGCUUUUACUUGCUUGCUUGACGAAACAGGACGAUACGGUCCCCAUGAUUCUUUGCCUGAAGGUGUUCGACCUGACUUCAAGGUUUCUUCGCUUUCCGAAGUAUUCUCUGUGCUGGAAGAGCAUUUUGAUUUGGCACCGGUGGUUUCAGAGAGUAGAAUCUGACAGGAAAGUAUUAGUUAUCUGUGAUCUAACAUGGAACCCAGCUCCUGUGUCUUAAUACUAUGAACCUCCAUCAGUGGUGUUUCAAGUACCAGAAACCCUUACGGCCUAUGAAGAUUAUGCUCUCCACCAAAGUGGAUUGCAGUUUGAUUUUGCCACUUGCCCUCAAAAUGAUUCAUCGUUCAUUGUCAGCCGGUUUGAUGUAUAUCACUAUGUCCUGUCCACUAUACCUGUUAGUAUUCUGUGGCACGGACAGUGCGUUCUGUUAUAGACAAAAAUCAACCCUCGCGAUGACUGGCAGAAUUUGCCGUAGUAUUUGGGUGAUUCAGAAUCUUUUAUCUGUGGCCAUCUUUCAUAUUCAUUCAUUUGUUCA